UUUUGUCACUUAGGAAACCGAGAUAGUGAGGCGUCAGUUUUUUUCUUGUUUUUCAUCCAAGAUUUAUGAAUGAAAUGUGACAAAGAUUGGUUGCAGAAUGGCAGGGAAGGUGGUCAAGUUUGCAUCUGAUCAAGAUAAAUCUGUCUUGUCGAGUAAUUUUGAGAAACGAGGCUGGAUACAGGUUUCGCCCGAAGAAGAUUGGAAUUUUUACUGGAGUACUGUUCAAACAACACGCAAUAUUUUCAAUGUUGACACAGGCUACCGAUUACAAGAUGAUCAGAUCAUCAAUCACUUCCCAAACCAUUAUGAGUUAACGAGGAAAGAUUUAAUGGUUAAGAAUAUCAAGAGAUAUCGGAAGGACCUGGAGAAAGAAGGAAGUCCUCUCGCUGAGAAAGAUGAAAAUGGAAAACAUGUUCAUCUCGAUUUUAUUCCCAUCACAUUCCUACUACCAGCAGACUACAAUCUGUUUGUGGAAGAAUUCCGUAAGAACCCAUCCAGUACAUGGAUUAUGAAACCAACAGGCAAAGCUCGUGGUAUUGGAAUCUUUCUAAUCAAUAAAUUAUCUCAACUCAAGAAGUGGUCCAGAGACAGCAGAACUUCCUCAUUUCAAGCCCCAUCAGCUAAAGAUGCUUACGUCAUCGCAAAGUACAUUGAUAAUCCUCUUCUUAUUGGAGGAAAGAAGUUUGAUCUAAGAAUCUAUGUCUUAGUGACGUCCUACAGACCACUCAAGUGUUAUAUAUACAAGCUUGGAUUCUGUCGUUUCUGCACGGUGAAGUACAGCGCUAACAUCAAUGAGUUGGACAACAUGUUUAUUCAUCUCACUAACGUCUCCAUCCAAAAACAUGGGGAGGAAUAUAACUCUCAACAUGGCGGCAAAUGGACGGUUCACAACCUCAGAGUUUACCUAGAAGGAACAAGAGGGAAAGAGGUGACAGACAAAUUGUUUGAUGAGAUGAACUGGGUUAUAGUGCACUCACUCAAGUCCAUGGCAAAUGUAAUGGCUAACGACAGACAUUGUUUUGAAUGUUAUGGCUAUGAUAUCAUCAUUGACGAUAACUUGAAGCCAUGGUUAAUUGAGGUGAAUGCCUCUCCAUCAUUGACGUCAACUACAUCAAAUGAUCGUAUCAUGAAGUACAACCUCAUUAAUGACUCCCUCAAUAUCGUCAUGCCCAAUGGAGAAGUACCUGAUUUCAGAUGGAACAAGAUCCCUCCUAAAGAAUGCUACGGCAACUAUGAACUCUUAUAUGAUGAGGAAUUAGCGCAAUCUGACGGGAUGGAACGAGACAGUAAGAGUAGACUUGCCGGAUCGCUUGGAUUUGGCGUCAGACGAGAUACAAAGACUAAAGGCAUGGCCACAUGGAAAUAGUCUCUCAGCUAUUGUCAAAAUACUAGACUUGUGGACAAGUCGUUAAAUGUUUGUCGUGGUGAUAGCGUUCCGACUCUAUUCCGAAUCUCCCCGUGGUAUUCGCGCGAAACUGCUAGCCCUGCGAGACAAAUGCGCUCAUUUAAUGGGGAGUAGAAGUCGGCAACCAGCAGUUCGCGCGAGAGCAGUGAUCCCGCGAGAGCCGUAUGCGAUUGCGGAAACCUGAAUCAUUUUGCCACCAGUUCACCACAACUCGACUAUCUCAGCGCGACAGACCAUUAACGACUUGUCCACAAGUCUAUCACAAUACAAACUUGAAUGACAAUUUGAGAAAAUCAACAGAGAUAAGAUGUUGUUUUCACAUCUAUACAAACUGUAGUAUGCCUUUGGAACUUGAAAUGGAAAACAAUCCUUAAUUUACCGAAAAUAUUAUCUUAUAAUAAGAAACCAAAAAUUGUUAUAAUUCUGCCUAUACAUCUGUUUUACCUUGACAAAAAACAAUCUAUGAGUCUACCUUUAACCAAAACGAACCCAUAAUUAUUAAAUGAAUGAAAUACAAAUUAAAUAAAGAGUUACUAGGUCCUUGGGAGGUAUUUUAUCGAUAUAUAAUUGACGCUACUCGGGCCUAACUAGGCUUGAGACGUUGUGACGACGGGUAUGUCAAAUGUUAGAAAUUUGUCUGUGCUAUCUAGGCCGAUCCUAGGCAGCUUGAACAGCUUUAUCGUGUUGUAGGCCGAUGGUGUUAAGAUUGUCUAUUUUAUUGCUAGCAUUAGGCAGGAAGUCACAUAUGAAACUAAAACUACUCGGAAGCAAAAGCCUUUCAUGGAUUCCUUUGUGAGAAGAACUUGACUUUGUUUAUUUACAGGUGUAUGUUUAGAUUGGUUUAGAUCCCCAGGUAAAGGUUUUAAUGGCAAGGCCUUGAAUAACAUAAUAAUAUUGUUGUAGUUAUAAAGUGUGCAUGGAUGUAAUGAAACAUUCAAUGUUUAAAGCCAUUGGACACUUUCGGUAAACAGUUUUAUCCAAGGCCCACACUUCGUGUAUCGCAACUUCUAUAUCAUUGUAGUAAUAAUAGUGGCCAUUUAUGCUUCAUUUUUGAAAGGGCAGGGGCACCAAGGCAUGUUCUCCUCGGUAAAGGGCACCCUUUGAGGAAAUUGUAAAUUUCUACUGGAGCAUUUCAAGGGCACCAAGGCAAUGACCAGGGGGCAGCAUGCAGCAUGUGUUUCUAAAAGACAGUCCUGGCGCAGGAGAGAUGGGCCUAAAUGAGUCACAUAGAUGAAAUUUGAAGCACAAAAAUAGGUUUUCAAAUGAGUUUUGAAGAUAUGCAUAAGUAGUGAGAACCGUUUCUUGCAUUGUUGGUGUGCGAGAUAUAUGAUCAGCAAAAAUAUCCCUUACAAAAAAAGUCCUAUCUAUAGGUGAAAUAUCUAUAGAAUCCUAUAGGAUUUAAAUAGGAUUCUUAUAGUUUUUUCGUCUCUUCUUUGAAUCCUUUAAGAUUCCUAUAAGAUUCUUCUGUUUUUUUGUUUUUUGGUAAGGGAUUGAUCUAUGAACUUUGUUAUAUUUUAUACAGAACUUUCCAUGUACCUGUUGUGAAAUAGUUUGACCCACCCAGACUAAAAAUUGACAACCGUCCACCGUUAAGGUUAAUAAAAUAGAGUGUACUAUGGAUGCAAAGGACAACCUCCAUGUAACUGCAGAAGUGCCCUUAAAUAAUUAUUUUAUUAUAUGUAAAUAUUGUUGAAUCUAUAGAAUAUUGAAAGUGAAACUAAACUACAGCUGGAAUGUUUAUGGUAAUGAGUUGUUUUCAUACAGCAUUUGGGUUUGGAGAAUGCUUUGUUGCUUUGUGAUGGUAGCGUCAAAGAUGUGUAUCGCUUAACAUUACAAAAACGUUUAAUAGUGAGUCAAGAGAAUGUAUAGAAAAUUUGACCUUUCAUUCAAUUUGCCCCGAUGCCGCCUUUAAAAACAAACUUCAUGUUUUGGGGUGAUUUUGUUGUACCUUAACACAACUCUGAACAAGCUUGGAUGGGUAGCCGGGCAGGGGUGGGGGUUAGGACACAGGCCUCAAACUAACCUGCGUCACCCUGUUGUGCCCUUGGCAAAGUUUCUUUACAAAAUAAAAUUGUCCUCCUAAAAGUGCCCCGUAUCAAAGGAAAACCUUUUAGUCAUACCACGGUUAGUCUUGCUUUAGUUUCCCCUGCUGUUGGAUUUUGUUGAGUUGGGAAGGAUUUUACUUCCACAUUGUUUCAAAGUGAAUCGGUUCUCAAGUGAAAGCUUUCUACUACCAUUAUCUUCAAACUGUGUGAGUUUAAUGUAAAUCUGUGGACAUUUUGUUGUUUGUUACAAACAGUACCCCAAUCCAUUAAAGAGCCUCGGCUUGUGAAUCUGGA